AUGAAUAAAAUUAAAAGUUUACUACCGUCUACAUCAUCUUCAGCAAAUGAUAACAAAAAAACCAAAUCAUCAUCUUCAAAAUUAUGGAUUUUAAAUGUACCAGACUCAAAAGAUAUGGUCACUGGUACCGUUCGAAUGAUGGAUGAUCAGGAUAUUGAAACAGAUGUUGAUACGUUAAAGAAAUCAACUACUGGUAUAAUUUUAAAUCCACAACCACAUGAAUCACCUAAUGAUCCUUUAAAUUGGCCAAUUUGGAAAAGAGAUUUAUCAUUGGCAAUUAUAGGUUUUCAAUCUUUUAUUGGUGGUGGUCAAUCUCCUUUGUUAGCAGCUGGUAUGAAUACAUUAGUUGAUGAAUUUGAUGAACCUUUAACUACAAUAUCUUAUUUAGUUGGUGGGUUUAUGUUAUCAUUAGGUUGUGGUUCUGUUAUUGCAAGUCCAUUUGCAGUUUUAUAUGGCAAAAGAUUAGUAUAUUUAUCUGGUAUAUUUAUAUUUAUGAUGGGUGCAAUAUGGGGUGGCUUAGCUUCAAAUUUUGGUAAUUUAAUGGGUGCUAGAGUUAUAACUGGGUUUGGUGCUUCACCAACUGAAUGUUUACCAAGUUCAACCAUUGCAGAAAUUUAUUUUGCACAUGAAAGAGCUUAUAGAGUUGGUUUAUAUACAAUGUUAAUGUUGGGAGGUAAAAAUAUAAUUCCAUUAUUAUCAGGUUUAAUUUUCCAAUAUUUAGAUCGUCAUUGGUUAUUUUGGAUUUUAGCAAUAUUUUUGGGUUUUGUUUUAAUUUUAACUUUUUUAUUUGUACCGGAUACAUUUUGGGAUAGGACCCCAAUACCAAGUAAAAGAUCUUUGGAAGAAACAAAAGCAGCUCAAAGUGUUGCAACAUAUCAUCCACCAAGUCAAAGACCAAAUGCAUUUGCAUUACAUAGAAAUCCAUCAACAAUAAAUGAAGUACAAAGUUUAUCAUCAAGUAUACAUGAAAAUGAUGGUCAAAAUCCUGUAAUUAUUACAGAACCAGAAUUAUUACCACAUUCUUCAACUACAUUGAAGAAGAAAUCAUAUUUAGAUGAUAUAAAAUUAUACCAUGGUAGAUAUACUAAGGAUUCAUGGUGGAUGAUUGCUUUAAGACCAUUUGCAUUAUAUACAUAUCCUCAUAUCUUAUUUGGUUCAUUAACUUAUGCAUUAGCUGUUGUUUGGUUAAUUGUUAUAUCAGAAACUAUUAGUGAAAUUUUUAAACAUCCACCUUAUGGAUAUGAUCAACAAACAGUUGGAUUAUUUUAUAUAUCUCCAUUUGUUGGUGGUAUUUUAGGUUCAUUAUCUUGUGGAUUAGUAAGUGAUCGAUUAUGUAGAUUAUUAAUUGCUAAAAAUAAAGGUAUUUAUGAACCUGAAUUUAGAUUAAUUAUGAUUAUACCUUCAACUAUUUUUAUUGCUAUUGGAUUAAUGGGUUAUGGAUGGUCAUCAUAUGUUGAAAAUCCGUGGGUUGCACCAGUUUUAUUCUUUGGUUGUUUAUCAUUUGGCAGUUCAAUUGCUUCAACUAGUGCUAUUACAUUUGCUGUUGAUUCUUAUAGAAUGUUUUCUUCUGAAUCAUUAGUUAGUUUUAAUUUCCUUAAAAACUUACUUGGAUUUUGUUUUUCAUUAUUUAAUAAUAAAUAUAGUGAUGAAAAAGGUUAUAGAAGUUCAUAUGUUACAUAUGGGUGUAUUCAAAUAUUUGUAAGUUUAUUUGGGAUUAUUUUAUAUAGAUAUGGUAAAAGGAUUAGAAAAUGGACUGAUGAAAAGGAAAUCAUGAGAAGCUUAUAUCAUGAAGAUAAUAUAUCGCAAAGUGUAUUAUCAAGAAAUACAAGAGAUGAUGAUGAAAAAGAAGUUGAAGAUUCCAUUGAGGAAAAUACUUUAAAUAAAUUUAAGUAA